CUCUGUCGUCACGUCCGCUCUCCUUCUGGCUGCCAUCUUGGUCGCCUCGUGCGCUGCCUCUCUCUCGAGUUUGCAGGUUAGUGCGGAGCCGCCAACCGCCAGCCCCGAGCCGACACACCGCCCAAGAUGAAAGAAACGAUCAUGAAUCAGGAAAAACUUGCCAAACUGCAGGCCCAAGUGCGCAUUGGUGGAAAGGGUACAGCCCGCAGAAAGAAGAAGGUUGUGCACAGAACAGCAACGGCAGAUGACAAAAAGCUCCAGUUCUCCUUAAAGAAGCUCGGCGUGAACAACAUCUCUGGCAUUGAAGAGGUGAACAUGUUCACAAACCAGGGAACAGUCAUCCAUUUCAAUAACCCUAAAGUUCAGGCUUCACUUGCAGCAAAUACAUUUACUAUCACAGGACAUGCAGAGACUAAACAACUAACUGAGAUGCUACCUAGCAUUCUGAAUCAGCUUGGAGCUGAUAGUCUAACCAGCUUGAGGCGGCUGGCAGAGGCACUGCCUAAACAACCUGUGGACAGCAAAGCACCACUUGCAUCUGGUGAGGAUGAUGAUGAUGAAGUUCCAGACCUUGUUGAAAAUUUUGAUGAGGCUUCAAAGGAUGAGGCAAACUAAAGAAAGAUGACUACUGGAGAGAAGAACUCAAACUGGGUUAAGGGGGCUGCUUUUUUGUAUUUGUGUAAUAGUUUUUUGUUUGAUUUUGUUAUUGUAAUAUUGCAUUUUUGUACUGUUGUGGCAUCAUUUGGUUUUACAACCAUUAGGUGCAAACUCAAAUGGAUUAUCCCGAUGUUUUUUGUUACCAUCGCAGCUCUUCUAAUGCGUCAUGUUAGUGGAAUGAAUUCUAACUUUGCACCCAGUUAAAAUGAACAGGUCUGAACUGAAUUUAGCACUGUGGAACACAAUGGAAAUAAAGGAAAAAAAAUCUC